AUGGCCAUGGAUAAUGCUACAGCAAUGUCUAGGUUUCUUCUUAUUGGAAUUUCCAACUAUCUGGAGUGGAGAGUAACCUUCUUCAUGUUGGUGCUGAUAACUUCUCUGAGCACAUUGUUGGAGAAUGGACUUAUUAUCAUUCUUAUCCACAUAGACCCCCACCUCUACACUCCAAUGUACUUCUUUCUUAAUAACCUGUCUUUCUUAGAGCUUUGCUAUGGAACAGUCUCCAUGCUCCAGGCCUUGGUACAUUGUUUCUCUGCACAUUAUUACCUCUCUUACCCACAAUGUUUGACCCAAAUGAGUGUCUCCUUGGUCUUGGCCACAACAGAGUGCUUCCUACUGACUGUAAUAGCCUAUGACCGUGUGGUUGCUAUCAGCAACCCCGUAUGCUAUUCUGUGAUCAUGACUGGCCCAGUGUGUGUCUAGCUGGGUGCUACCUCAUGGAGAGCAUCACUUGUGCUCACUGUCAUGCUCAUCUUAUCUCUACAUCUUUGGUUCUGUGGGGCUAAUGUUAUCAAUCAUUUUGUCUGUCAGAUUCUUGAUCUCCUCAAGUAGGCCUUCUCUGACACCAGCCUCAAUGAGCUUAUAAUCCUUAUCACAGGUAUCUUCACCCUGCUCUUACCGUUUGGUUUUGUUCUUCUCUCCUAUGUCAAAAUUGUUGCUGCUGUCCUAAAGAUUCACUCAGUCCAGGGAAGGCAAAAAGCUUUUUCUACCUGUAGUUCUCAUUUGACUGUGGUGACAAUCUUCUAUUGGGCAGCCAUUUACAUGUAUAUAAAACCUCAAUCAAAGACAUCCCCUGACAAAAACGAGUUUAUCUCAGUGUUUUAUAGGGCUUUGACUCUAAUAUAUAGCCUGAAGAAUAAGGAUGUUAAUGAGACAAUGAAGAAAGUUAUGGUGAAAAGGGCAAAAAAUCUUCUUUGCUUGUAA